AUGUUGAGUGUGCUGUGUUUCAAGGUGUUAAGGAAAAUGCAGAGACGGCACAGCAGCAACACUGAUAGCCUUCCUCCGGAAAGAAGCCGGAGUCAGACGGUCAGUUCUGAGGCCAGCGUGGAUGAAGGUGGAGUUUUCGAAGGUUUGAAGGCCGAAACACCCUCACCGCAGCAGCUUUUCUCAGGGCUGGCAGGCAUCCCAUCUGGUACCAUCCCAACUACCCCGUUCCAGUCAGGUUUGGUCCUGGGUUCCUCAGCAGGAGGCGGGGAUGUGUUCAUUCAGAUGCCAGCCCCAAGGGAAGAAGGGGCCAGCCGAACAGAAGGAGCUCCGUUCCACCACCGGCAGCAGCCCCAUCACUAUCACCAUGGCCACCAUCGGGGAUCCUCUUUGCUGCACAUGGCUAGUGGAGACCGCCAUGGACACGCAGAAGACAAUCCUGAAGACCAGCCUGGGACUCCUGCGCCUGCCCUCUCGGAGCUGAAGGCGGUGAUCUGCUGGCUCCAGAAGGGGCUUCCCUUCAUCCUGAUACUCCUGGCUAAAGUUUGUUUCCAGCAUAAGCUUGGGAUUGCUGUGUGCAUUGGUAUGGCCAGCACAUUUGCAUAUGCUAAUUCAACUCUCCGAGAACAGGUCUCUUUGAAGGAGAAGAGGUCGGUGCUGAUUGUCUUCUGGAUCCUGGCUUUCCUCCUGGGGAAUACCUUAUACUUGCUUUACACUUUCAGCUCCCAGCAGCUAUACAACAGCCUGAUAUUUCUGAAACCCAACCUGGAGAGUCUGGAUUUCUUUGACUUGAUGUGGACUGCGGGGAUCACGGACUUCGUACUGAAGUAUCUCACCAUCUCUUUGAAAUGCCUGGUCGUUGCCCUGCCUAAAAUCAUUCUGGCUGUCAAGUCAAAGGGGAAGUUUUAUUUGGUUAUUGAAGAGCUGAGCCAGCUGUUCCGCUCGCUUGUCCCCAUCCAGUUGUGGUACAAAUACAUCAUGGGGGAUGAUCCAGCCAGCAGCUAUUUCCUAGGAGGGAUCCUGAUCAUACUGUAUAGUCUCUGCAAGUCUUUUGACAUCUGUGGCCGUGUGGGGAGUGUCCGGAAGGCACUGAAGGUCCUUUGCACCCCUCAGACCUAUGGAGUCCGUGCAACCAGCCAGCAGUGUAGUGAGGCUGGAGACAUCUGUGCUAUUUGCCAAGUGGAGUUCAGGGAACCUUUGAUCCUUAUGUGCCAGCAUGUGUUUUGUGAAGAGUGCCUCUGCCUGUGGUUUGACAGGGAGAAGACCUGUCCUCUUUGUCGGUCCAUCGCAGUGGAGACUCUGCGCUGUUGGAAAGAUGGCACUACCUCAGCUCACUUCCAGGUUUAUUAA